AUGAUGUCCGACCGGCAGCAACUCGCCUGUCUUGUCCAGCAAUGGAACGAGAACCGUCUCGACCUCUUUCAUUUGAGCUAUCCAACUGAAGUCAGUCUGUUCUCCAAAAAACAAAACGACUAUUUUUCUGUUUUUAGGACCUUGAAAUCGAAGGAGUCAUGCGCUUUUAUUUUCAAGUGAGUGAUUUUUCUCUGCAAUCUCAUCAUUUCGUGCUUUCCUUGUUGAUCCAAUGUACGGAGAUGAGUGUUUUUUUGUCUUUUCCGUUUGCAAAACACGAUAAACUUCUUUUGGAAAACGGAGAGAACGUAGAAAAAUUUCAAAAAAAGAUCAGUUCAAGCCGAUUUUUAAUAAUGCAUUAUUUUACCUUGAAAAUGAACUAAAAACCUCAUAAGAAGAGUAUUUCAAGACAAUUUGUAAUAGUGCACUAUUUUACUUUGGAAAUGAAACUUUAAAAGAUUAUGUUUUGAAGUAGGCUGUCUUCGGAAUAACUGAACUGUACUCUGAUGAAUGAUCUCAUGGCAUAUAACUUCAUAAUGAUUAUCAAAAACAGAAUCACCAUCGAGAUUAUUUUAAACCAGAUAAACCAGAAAUCGAAAUACUCCACAUUGGUGAAUAAAUAAGAUUGGACUUACUCCAUCAGGGCUGUAUUCUGCUUUAUCAGACCACUGUUUAACCUUAUCCUCUCCACCAGACUGCUUCCAAUGAUCAGUGUUUCCUUCUUUUUCAUUCGGUCUUUUGUAUUUUUUUUUCAACUUCUCGAAAAAGCGCCCAGGUUUAGUUGCAGGAAAAUUUUUCAAUAGUUUUUUGAAAAAACGCAAGCGAUGCGAACCUCUCUGAACUGUCAAAUUUUAAGAACCGAAACGGCUGCGCACUAAAUUUUUCAAAAAAUAAAUUUCCUUCAAUGUUAUUCCAUCCAAAGUCAUUUAGUAGAUGAUUUGUUAGCUUUACCCGGUCUCUAAUUAUGCCAGACGUUGCUCUCGCCAGCCGUUUUUCUCACUCACAGGGCGAGCUGACCGCCGCGUAGUGUUUGCAAAGGCCGUUGGUUUAUAUUGGCCGGGACAAGUACAGACACGGCGGCGAGAAAAAGAGAACCCGUGGCGGCCGCCUUGUUUCAGCAUGUCUUCGGAUCGAACAGAUUAAUGGUCGUUAACGGGCGGCCUGCUGCUGCUUUUGUUGCUUUUCUGAUGAUAUCUCAUCUCAUGCCAACACAGAACACGCUUCAGUUCACAGCCUCAUUGGCUCUGAUCGUGUUUGAAUACAACUUAGUGAGAAAGAAGAGAAAUUUCUCUUCUGUUGUGAAAGAAUAUGUGAAUCUAACUAUGUAUAAGAGUUUAUUGAUGGGGAUUCUUUAUUUGAAGAAGCCUUGAAAAAAAGGGCAUCGGAGCCCAUAAGAUCUUUUUAUUUUUAAAGUUUAAAUUUUUUUCAAUAAUUUUUCAGUAGGAAUAAAAUAAAUGGUUCGCUGCUUUUUUUAUGAAAAAAAGAAACGUAGUAAAAAAAUAUUUUUAUUUAAUACGGUCUUUUUGCAAUCGAUUCAGCUAAUCCGUUCUCAACCUUUGUCCUGGAUUUUCUGUGAUCUUAUGAGAGUUUGAAAAAAUUUAUAUCAAAAGACGUCCUGAAAACGUUUCUUUUGCUGAAUAUUGUUACUCAUUCUUUCUUACAAAGUUCUUCAUUUUGAAUUUUCGUAUUAAUGCGUGUUCAAAGAGAUUCCGCGAAAGGCAAAAUAGCCACCAGAGAUAGAAAGAGAUCUGAAUUUUGGAUAGCCAGAAACCAUUUCGCUUUUCGCGGAAAUUACUCUGAACACGGCAUCAGGGUUCUAAAACUUCCGAGGUUUUUCACUGGCCUAAUUGAAUGAAAAAAAGUUUGUCAAACGAUAAAAAAACUUUUUAACAAUCACUUCAUCUUAUAAGGGUGAGGUGAAAACAUUCCCAAAGUAAUUCUAAGGUGAUAUGCGAGGCUUUCAGGACGGAGCUGAACGGGUACUCACCAAAUGCGUGCGGGUUUCGUCGACGGCCACGACAAGCGCCGUUGUGGAGGCGCUGUCGGAAAAGUUCCUGCCGGACCUGAAGAUGCUGUCCAACGACACGUACUCCCUGUGGGAGGUGCACGAAAGCGGCGAGGAACGACGUCUCGACCGCGACGAAAAGCCGCUCCUCGUGCAGCUGAUGUGGCAUCGCGACGACCGCGAAGGACGCUUCCUGCUCCGACGCGACAGGGCCGCGCCCGUUCCGCUUUCGGUCACUCUUUUUUCCUCGAUUAAUAUUAGUAACGGAAUUUUUGGGAAAAAAAAAUUAAAGAGGAAAAAUUUUCCGCAAGUUUUAGUUAUCAAGAUGCAUCUUUUAGUUUCAAUAUCUCAGUACACUUAUAUGCGUUGAAGUUUUAAAGCUUCAUAAUUUGACCAAAAAAGUAGAGGCUAAACAGGUGUAUUUUAGAGUUUUCAAACUUCAAAAAGAACUUUGAAAUACAUACCUGUGUGAAGCAGAAUUUGAUCUACGUCUGACUAGCCUAGCUUCUCUAUUUUUAUUUCGAAAGAAGUUUCAAUAGAGUUUUAAAAAGAAAAUUUUCUAGACGAUACAACUCCAAGAAGCCGAUGCUCGAGGUGGCCGGUUUUCCAAGAAGAAAGAUCGGGAAGGAAAGAAAAAGCACCAAAAGGAGAUUGGUCGGACUUGGCCUUCUUCAGUUCUGAUUCUCUGUUUUACAGUGACUGUGAACUCGGGUCGCGAGGAGGCGACAGACUCCAACGACAUCUACAAGCAGGUGCCGUUCAACACCUUCACGAGGACCAUUUCCAAUCCGGAGGUCGUGAUGCGGAAACGGAGGGAGAAGAAGCUGGAGACCAAGCUCAAGGAGAUGGUCUAUGGUUAGCUUUGAAGUUAGAAGAGCGAAAAAGUCUGGCAAUCAAAUAAUCAGUUUCUCUUGUAAGAAAUGGAGCUGAGAAGGAGGGAGUUGAUCUGUUUCCGCUGGCCUAGAAACUCAAACGUAGAUUCAAAAGCGAGAAUUAAUUCACUUUGAGUUAACCCAUAAAAACCGAAAAACUGUGGGCCCUGAAAGUCUGGAAUUCCCGCCACGAAGAGUUCUACUUUCGAUUUUUUAUUAUUUUUUAAAAAAUAGUCUCAUACUUCUCGAGUCUUUCACAGGGCUAACUGAGUUGAAAUCUAGAAUCUUGAUUACAUUUUAAAUUUUAUUCAUAAUUCAAAAGCUCGUGAAAAAAACCAAUUCUUCUCAUGGUCAUAGAUAUUUUUUUCCAAAUCAUGAAAAGUUGGGAUUUUUUUACGAAAGCAUUACAAAGAAUAUUGAAGGGUAAAUUUUAAAAAAACUUGAAAAUUUUAUAACGGAAAAAUUCUAUGAUUAAAAAGACGUCCAUGAAGAUUCAAACUCUUUAUUGUCGCAGCGUUUCGUCAUCAUCAUUUAUUCAAACUGGGCAGAAGUGCCUAUAUUCGUCUUUUUUCCCAAAGUUCUUUGAAUUCCAGGUGGAAGCCUGAAAAUCUACGGCGGCGAUAUCGUUCCGGCUCGUCCCUACGUCACGAUUUUGGCCGGGAUGCACGACAGAGCGGAUAGGAUUUUGGUCGAGGCUCUGGAAAAAUAUGGACUCGAGAAGCGCGUCGACGAUUUUGUGCUUGUGGAGGUUUAUACUUUACGAAGUAUUUGAUGCUUCUUUUCGAUUCGGAGAAAGAUAAGGAAAAAAUUGAAAAAGAAAUGGGUAAAGAAAUGGCAAAGAAGCGACGUUUUUCAACCUAAUUCCGUGUUCAAAGAAAAAUUCAAAAUAGCCGUCAAAGAUGGAAAAAUAUAGCUAAACUUCAGAGAGCCAGAGAUCUUUUUUAAUUUUGCGGAGGUUAUUUUAAACCUUUUGCAUAGUUGUCCCCAAUCUGGACGGUGUCAGAACCUUCUUCAUUUAUUGACCUGGAAAUAAAGCUUUUCGGGAAUGAUUAGAUUAAAAAAGAGGGGAACAACUUUGAGUUUUGAAAAGAAAUCUUCUACUUUGAACAUAUCCUUCAUCAUUUUUUUGAACGAACUCUUGUCAAGUCCACACCUCCCAGGCUUGUCUAGACUGGUCCACCAAUGAUCUCUCCCAGGAAAACUGCUAAAGUUGAACGAAGCAACUUCGUUUCACGUCGUAAUGGCGAACAUCAAGAUGGUCAGAAAAGGCGGUACGGUUUAAAAUGUCGAAACGAGAAGAGUGUGAUAAUAUCGACGUGGCAGAGAGAGGUUCCAGCGUUUGGCAUGGGUAUCCACAAAAAACGGCGCGUCCGUGUGACCUGCCUCGACUUUCCCUUCGGUCCAACUUUCCUCUCGCUCCAACUUACUUUCAACUGACUCGACCAUGUCCUGGACGAGGCAGUCCUCUUUCUCGACCACCACUUUCGAGACGAUCGACGAGCUGGACUCUUCGGAGAAUGAGUCGCUCGAGUUUGAGCUGUCCAUCGAACAGAGGAAAGAGGUGGUUCCGCUGCCGGAAGCCGUGCCGAAACUUCCUUCGCGUCUCGAUUCGAUGAAAUCCCGUCUCAAGCAUCUGUUCAACCCAGCCAAGGAACGCAGUCACAGCGUCGAUGAGACCACUUCGACGCGUCGGCAUCGAAUUUCCAUGUUCCAGAAGAGUAUUACCAGCAGGAGGCUUUGGCGGAAGGUUUCUUGAGAUAUGAAAUUAGCAUACGGGGAGAUCGUCAAUUAAUCUUUUUUUAAAUGAGAAACUGACUAUGGGAACCUAGGUGUUUUUGAAAAUGUUUUCAAAAUAAAUGGAGUAGAGGCUGAAUUUUGGUAAGGGAGGAGUGAAGAAAAGGGAAUGAAGAAUUAUUUCCAUAGUUCCAGUGUUUACCCUGAUUUUGAAUGCAAAUAUGAUGAAUAUUGUUUAAAAUGGCUUUUUUUCCCCAGUUCUUAUUGAUCUAGCGACUCUCCUAAUUUAAAAGUUUAAUUUCCGAGCUUUUCAAAAAAAUUUGAAGUCAAGUUAAGGCAGAAAGUAACGUGGUUAGUAGGAUGAUCUUUUCAGGCCCCUCUGUUCCGAUUUUUUUUAAGUUUUUGAGGACUUCAAUGGAUAGAACUCUCAAAAAGGACAGUGUGCUCAAAAACUUGAAAUUCAUUGAAUAUAUAAAAAGAGGCUCUUCUGUUUUCACGCUAAAGUCGUUUGACUUGUAAAUAUUUUGUAGUUUUCGAAAUGAAAAUUUGAAAAUUAGAGGAUAGAAAAAAAAGAUUCUCGAAUUUUAAACGUUCUUCAGAGCCAAAAGCUGGAAGUACCAUCUUUAAAUAUAUUCCAGUUCGCACAACUUUUGAACUUGUUUCAGUGUUCGACGAAUAGUGAGCCUGGGAGAAGCCUGUCAGAUCUUCGAGAAAUCGAUGGGCGUCUUGUUGGACCCGACGAAUGUCCUCUGCUUCAGGUAAUCAUGAAGGAAAAUCAUCUUAUUUAUCAAAAAAAUUAUGAUAAAAUACAUGUUGACCUUAUUGGGUACUUUCAUUCUGAGUAGUUUUUUUCUCGCGCGACCAACUCCCGCAAUCUUCCCCACCUCCUCUACUAAUUGACCUGAUCUUUCAAGAUGGCGGCGCGUGCUGGCGAGAACGGAUUCGAGUCGUACCUGGCCAUCAAGCACCGGCCCAGCGAUUAUCAGUAUGUUUUAUUGUUUUUUUAUCGAUUUAUUGAUUUAUUGAUUUAUUCUUGAAGUGUCCCAAUAUUUAACAGAAUCAGAAUAAUUAUCAAACUAUUUUUUAAUAAUAGAAGCUGGAAGGCGUCGAGAAAAUCUGCGAAACUUCUAUUUGAAGAUGUAUUUUUUUCAAUUGAUAUUUAAAUUUGAAGAGUGCCUUCUGCGAUAAUGAGAAGCUCGAUGACGUCUUCGAUUCACUCGACGGUUUCUGAUUCAGCUUCACAACUGAGACUUUCUCAUCCGCCGCCCACUUUGACACUCCUGAACGACGGUUUUGACUAAUAUUCUGCUGUUCUGCAAGCUUUCCUACAGAUGGAACUCUUUCGGAACAUCACAUGACCCUUCGUGAAGGCCUGACUGAAGUCGGAAGCGACCGGGAAAUGUCUCACUAUUCCCCCCAAAACAUUUACGUUUGUUUAUGCAACAAAAGCUCUCCUUCAUAAACAUUUCGCCAGUUGGACGGGCCUGAAAUCAGAGGAAGACACGCCGCGAUCGCAUAUAUGGAUGGCGUGGUUACGGUAACGCCGUCAGCUCCCGACGCCUACCUCGAGGUGAGUAAAUUGAUAAGGAUUUUUGUGUUUUUCUUAUUAUCACUUCAAUUAUUUUCUUCUUUUUUUUUUUGAAACACACAACCCUCUUUCUCUUCCUAGUUCAUUUUUUCCUAGAUUCUCUGGACUUUGAGCUUCCUUUUUUUUGUCUUCUCAUGACUUUUUGAGUCAGUUGCGUUUCGUAUCCCUCAGUGUUCUUGCUUUCUAAAAAAAAUUGGUUAUUAAAUAAGUUUGUGAAAAUAACUGAAGAAACAUUUAAAGGAUGUCUUUUAAUCAUCAAUUUAUUCAUUUUUGAACGCUCAGUUAUGUUUUUAAUAAAUGAAUAAAAUUGAUCUUAUUUCUAGUCGCUAAGGUUUUUUUCGAUACAAUUUAUCCUGUUGAGCCAAUGUUUCAACAUACUCGUAAGUUCAUUAUUUUUUUCUUCAAAAACAUAAAAUUUCAUAAAUAUAAAGCAUAACUCGAUUUCUGUUCCGUAAUCACUAACAGUGUAAAAUAAUUUCAGUUUGUGAAUCUUUUUUAAAACUUUUCUUCGUUCAUUCAAGACAUCAAGUCAUCAUUUUUUCCAAAAUCAAAGUUCACCAUUUCCCUUUCUUUUUCAACUUUAAUCCGAAGGAAAGCGACUUGAGGAGCUCCUUGAACUUUGCGUCAAGUUGCGAUUAUCCGGUGGCGAUUUGGCGGUCGCGGCGGUACUCGGGAGAAAACUGGUCGCGUUUUCCAACUUGUCCUCUUGA